AUGUUUCGACAAACUACCCAAGUGGUGGACAGGACAUGGAAGAAAGGGUGGGGGAAAGCGUAUGUACUAGUAGGGGUACUUUAUGUUGAUUGGGUAGUGGCAUUCGCUCUCCUCUCAGCAGUCACCUCCUGCUUCAUCACCCUCCUCCGCCUCGCGCUCUCCGUUCGCGCUGGCGCCGCUGGUGCAGGGCGCAUGGGUCGCCUAGGCAGCGCGCCCGGGCUUGGGCUGUUGGGCAAAGGGGAGAGGCUGGGCGCAGUGGCGACUGUGGGGGAGGUGAUGGUGGGGGGGAGCAGCACGGGGGAGGAGGUGCAAGGAGUGGUACCGUGGCAUAUGCGUGAGGCGAGACCAGGAGUGCUGGAGCUCAACCCUGGCAACCUGCAUGCAGCCCUCCGACACAGGAGUGCUGGAGCUCAACCCUGGCAACCUGCAUGCAGCCCUUCAACGCAGGCCAACGUUCCUGAUGUUCUAUGCGCUGUGGUGUCCGCACUGCAAGCGCAUGGAGCAAGCAUGGGGCAGCCUGAACUGAACCAGCCUCCCCUUACCCCUUCUUUGCCCCUUCGCCCUUUUCCACCUUCCUGCCUCCUCCCUUUCAGGCCGACAUUCCUCAUGUUCUAUGCGCCGUGGUGUCCGCACUGCAAGCGCAUGGAGCAGGCAUGGGCGGACCUGGCGGCCAGGCUCAAGGACCUUGACUUCAACGUACAGGUGGCACGAGUGGACGCCUACCGCUACCCACAAUUGGCCGAGGAGUUCCAGAUCCCUGGCUUUCCCACGCUCGUGCUGUUUGAUGGGGAGAGGGCGCUGGGGAUGCACCGGGGAAAGAGGGACGUUGACACGAUCGUGGGAUUCGUUGAUGCUACGCUGCCGAGGAGCGGCUCUUCCCCACACUCGUGCUGUUUGACGGGGAGAGGGCGCUGGACAUGCACUGGGGGAGGCGGGACGUUGACACGCUCGUGGGAUUCGUUGAUGCUACGCUGCCGUGACGGCCUUUCCGAGGAGUUCCAGAUCCCGGGCUUCCCCACGCUCGUGCUGUUUGACGCGGCGAGGGCGCUAGGCAUGCACCGGGGGAAGCGAGACGUUAACACGCUCGUGGGAUUUGUUGAUGCUACGCUGCCGUGA